AUGGUGAGUAAAAAGAGGUUUGUGAUUGACUGCGAGGAUCCAAUGGAGAUGUUGGUUCAAAUGGACCAUAAGGAGUAUGAGGACCAUAAGGAGUAUGAGGAUCAUAAGGAGUAUGAGGACCAUAAGGAGUAUGAGGACCAUAAGGAGUAUGAGGACCAUAAGGAGUAUGAGGACUAUAAGGAGUAUGAGGACCAUAAGGAGUAUGAGGACCAUAAGGAGUAUGAGGACCAUAAGGAGUAUGAGGACCAUAAGGAGUAUGAGGACCAUAAGGAGUAUGAGGACCAUAAGGAGUAUGAGGACCAUAAGGAGUAUGAGGACCAUAAGGAGUAUGAGGACCAUAAGGAGUAUGAGGACCAUAAGGAGUAUGAGGACUAUAUGGAGUACUUGGACUAUAUGGAGUACUUGGACUAUAUGGAGUACUUGGACUAUAUGGAGUACUUGGACUAUAUGGAGUACUUGGACUAUAUGGAGUGCUUGGACUAUAUGGAGUGCUUGGAGAAUAUGAUGAAGUUGAACUAG